CGACAAGUCUAGAGAUGACCACGAACCAAGCCCCCAACCCGAGGGACUUCAAAUCAUGGGAAGAUGCUUUUCAAUAUCCAGUACCGGUCGUGCGCCGGCUCGAACAACAGCUUCGAUCCAAUAUCAACGAGAACGGCGACAAGUUGCGCUCUCUGGUCGGCAAUAGCUAUCGAGACUUGCUAGGCACCGCCGAACGCAUAGUCGAAAUGGAUCAUCAGAUACACUCGGUCGAGUUUCGCUUGGGGGACAUUGGUCAAAAAUGCAAUGCUCGUGCUAUCGAGAGGAUUGCUGCAAAUCAGAGGAGGACUGCCAAGGCUCAGAAGGAUCGCAACUAUGGCCGCAAUGCUCUUGCUUCGAAUAUCGCUCUGCUCCAACGCUGCAUGACCCAAGCUCUUCAAGUCAUCAAGCGCGGCAAUCUUCCACUGCGUGCGGCAAAACUUCUCGUCAUUGCCAGAUUGCUGUUUACCAGUGCUUCAAAAUCUCCUGACCCACCGGGAUUGCUGGACAAUUUAAAGUCGAAACUGACUUCUCUUCGUCGGAAAUUACUAAGCCAUAUUGAUAAGCGUUUGGCUUCUACUAACAUCGAAAAGUCAGCUUUGAUCGACACUUUGGCAGCCUUCUCUCUUGCUACUACGUCAACUCCGAAAGACGUUCUGAACCACUUUCUACACGUGCGAGGCUCGACCCUCGGCGAUCUUGUUGAAUCUCCUACUCAAACGGAUCUUCACGACGCAUUGGUUUUACUCAUUACGACCAUCAAAGAAGUCCAGGCCGUCUUCCCCAAACAGCUCUCUGCUCUGCUUAGCAGGUUGCAGGAUGAGCCUCUCCUUCAAGACUCGGCGAUUCGAGAUAUGCCAGAGCUGAACCUCGACAUCUACGAGCGAUGGAUUGCUGAUGAUGUACUGAGGUUCACACCUUGGCUCAGGCAUGAUCAGUUGCAAGGAUCUGCUGCCACUGCAAUACUAAAGAAAUGGGUCGCUCAGACAAGGUCCACUCUUCUAAAAGGCUUGAAUGCGCUACUCGACAAGACCCACGAUGUUACAGCCAUCAUCAUGUUGCGCAAAGAGUUUGUGUCCAAGUCUCUUUCUGGCGAUAGAAAGCUUCCAGGCCUUGAUCCAAUCAGCUUCUUCGAAGAGCUGCGCGCUUGCUUCAACCGUCGUCUACAAGACUUCAUUGUCUCCUCCACUGUCGGCAUAGGUCAUAUUGUCGAAGAAUACUUGAACGGCGGAAACAUCCAGUCUGUGGUCAAGCCUGGAUCUGUCACCGAUCUGUGGGGUCCUGAAAAUCUUGAUACUGAGCCAGGAAAGGGCUCAAUCAAUCUCAGAAACCUGAUUCACAACGCAUCGCGAGGAAAAGACGCGUCGUUGCAGAGUCUCGCACAAUCACUCACCCUCUGGUCAUCCAGAUUGGCGACUUGGUCUAGUACCAUAAAGUCAAUGUGUGAGGACAGAUGGAAUGACGACCUUGACCUCGACAUCGAAGACGACUUUGAGAUUGACUCUCCACAAGAUCUACUCGCCAGGGAAGAUCCUGACGAGCUACAAAAGCUUCUCGUGACGCAAAAGGAAAAGUCACUGAAGAUGGUCUACGAGAAAGUGCAGUCGUCGGCCGAGGACAAGGGAUCCGCUGUCCGCUUGUUGCGACUGCUCAGAGAAAUUGGACAUCAAGCGUCGAUGGGCGAAAGUCAAGCUCCUACGAGUAAACCGCCAGCAUCGCUAUUCCGAACCCUCCACGAGAUCCUCGCUGAACAGAUUUUGACAAAGUCUUUGGAAGAGCAGAAAGUCGCAUCGAAGCCUCCGAAGCUAUUUGUGCGAUCUCCGCCUACUACUCUGUGGGAGGGCUCCUCACCACUUCCUGUUCAGCCGUCACCGGCAUGUUUCAGAUAUUUGCAUGACACGUGCAGGAUAAUGAAGGAUGUUGGGAGCGAUCUCUGGUCGCCUUCUGCCGUGAAUAUCCUCAAGAGUAGAUUGCGUGAGAGUGUUGUCGUGUCUCUCAACAAGGCUCUCCUGGAUAAGAGCUCGAUCAAUGGCUCAGGACAAGAACAGCAGCAUGCUAAACAAUCCGGAGAAUCUAGCACAUCUGAAAAAGGGGAAGCAGCAGGAAAUGGUACCGAGAGCCCUGACAAUCCAUCUGCGAGCAAUACUCUGGAGAACAAGUUGAUACAAGCGCUGUUCGACUUGUUGUAUCUCGACAAGAUGUUCAUGACGUCUACAAGUCACGACACUGCAGCCACUUUUGAUGGCACGAUCAAAGACGUUUUGAAGAGAGUCAAAUUGGAGGAUAAUGCGAUUGAGCGAUUGAGAAGAAGCUCUGGGGAUUAUUACAAGCGCUCGUAUCUUUUGUUCGGGCUCUUUGCGGCAACUUAGGAGAGACAAUUUCUUUCUUUUCGAGACAUGGUGAAGGACAGGACCCCAAGAUAGGAACCUAGCUCUGCCUUUUUUCGUCCUCGGGGAAAAAGUGUCUUUUGUGUGUCUGAUUAAAUAUGCUUUAUUGUGUGGAUGGAAACACAUGUGGCAAGAGACUGGAAUGAGAGUGAUUACGAAUCAUCGAGCAGCAUUUCGUUUUAUAUAUAGAGCUGUUUUGAAACUAAGCAGAGCAGACCGAUGAAAAAGUCAUCAAAUCUAUUCAUAUUCAAAUCUUUCGCAUCUGA